AUGGUGGUGUUUACGAUGCUGAAUCGCGAAACAUUGCUGAAGAAAUUCAACGAGGGCACCAUAGGCGGGAAGACCAAAUUGGUGCUAGCUAAAGUUAGAAAGCGUUUGGCCAUUGAUACAAGAAGUGGUCCAAACGCAUCGCAAAUACAUGAAAAUAUUCGGCGGGAAAUGCCGUUCCUGCCGAUCGAAUAUGUCGACAACGUAAAUUACAGCAAGCGUAAUCUAAAUAGUUCAUGUGCGUGGUACCCCACUUUUCGUCAGAUCCGAAUUCGGAAUGAUUACUGGCAAGAGUAUGACAAUGGAAAUGUCACAAAUUUUAUUUUCGGAGCCUACUUAGACCGACGGCCGAGUAUCACACGUGGCAAACAAGUGGUUCGGAUUUUGACCAUGAUGAACUACAUAUCUCCAAAUGUCAGCGACUAUCCAACCAGCUACUGUCAGCUGUGGUACGACGAACAGCCACAGCCGGUGAUCACAAAGGUGGACACUAUUCACAGCAUUUGGUUGUACUUGUGGGGCCAUGGAUCUGGCCAGAAUUACGCUCACUUUUUGAGCUGCAGCAUUCCCCAGGAGUACAACACGUGGAUACCAAAGUCUGUUUCGCUGGUGGCCUCGCCCUGUGACAAAGCAACCAACAACGUCAGGGUGUUCUAUCAGCCAUUAAAAGAAAACGAGAAGAAAAAGGGUUUUGCUGUCUGUAUCAAAGGUUUGAAUUAUCCCCACGAGGACAUGUCGUACCGCUUUGUAGAGUUUUUGGAAACGUUGCGUUCUCUAGGCGCCGAAAAGGUCACCAUGUACAAACUGCAGGUGCAUCCGAAUACAACCAAGGUGCUGAACUAUUAUGAGCGGACGGGGUUCUUGGAGUAUUUGCCAUUCAGUUGGUCACUGGAGUUGAGCAAUACGCCAGAGUAUCGACAUAUGGCAAUGUCAAAGAAUUCCUACGCCAAAAUCCUGCAUGAAUUGGUGCCAUACAACGACUGUCUGUAUCGCAACAUGUAUCGGUAUCAGCAUGUGGCCGUGAUCGACACCGAUGAAUUGCCCAUGCCAGUUGGCAAUUUCUCAAAUUGGAGCGACCUGAUGGCGUUUGGGCAGACUAUUCACACCACUAAUUGUAAGCGAUUUGCUAGUUUCUGUUUCCGUUGCAUAUACUUCCCCAAGUAUGCGAAUAAACCAGCCUACAAUCGUGACAUCCCAGAGUAUUUCUACAUGAUGCAGCAUGUAUACCGAGUGCGUGAGCACAUCCGACCCGAUUGGGCAACCAAAUGUCUUCACAACACAGACUGGGUGAUAGCAGUUCACAACCAUUUUCCGAUGCACAAUUCGAAUGACGUGUGCCGAAGCUAUUCGUUCGCUGCUGAAGUAGCCCAGCUUCAACAUUAUCGUGAACCACCGGUUAAGGCGACUCUGAACGACCCGGUAGUCGAUACGAAUCUAUGGCGUUACAGGGAUGAGGUCAUAGAGAGGUCACUGAGCAUAUUUGAAGACCUGCAUUUCUUCGAGGAAGUCGACAGUGAAUAA